AUGAGCACGACAUAUGAUCCAGAAGAGCUGUCGAUUGAGUUCGGCAGCGAGAUUGACUCCCUCUUCGACGAAGAGGAUGAAAAUGAAGAGGAGUUUGUGUUUUCGAGCGAGUCGGUUCCGCUAGUGAAAGACUUGAUGAAACGGCUACUGAAAACGUCGCGCAUUCUAAAAGAGAAAGCCUCCGCGGUGGAAACUCAAAUCACUGCUGCAGCCAGCGCGUCGGAAAACGAUACCGUUCCUACACCAGCUGCCAGCAGCAGCGCUGCUAUUGAGCAAGAGGCCGCAAUACGACAGCUCGUCGAAGUGCAAGAACUCUACAGCUUUUUAUGGGCUCGCCUGUUAUGCGUUCUCGACGAAGAAAAUGAACGUUGUUCUGACACGUAUAUGACCACAUUGAACAUGGAGGACCGUGUUCCUUUUGAGUCUCUAGCUCAUGCGAUUCAUCACAACACCGUUUUCUGUGACCACAUGGGCGAAUUUGUCGGUUUCAAUUUCGACCAACGGCUGGAACGCGACGAAACAGCAAGCAUACCAGGACACCAUCUUCUAAUGGACUACUACAAGGCGAUGAUACGUACGCAGUCUACCGUCGCUCAGUGUUCGUUGUUAGUCGUGGAGGGCUCUCGUGAGAGCUUUUUAGACCCGAUCUCCAUGUACGACCUCUGCAAGACGUUAGCUACGGAAAAGAACCCUCGCAAACGACUUGUCCCGCUAUCUCUAAUGUUCAGUCUGCUUGAUCAAGAUGAACAAACCGUGGCCGAGGCAUUAGCGCAGAACAUGCCAAAGGUUCUGCUCCAGCGCUUUCGACAUUGGGUCCACCAACUGUACGGGUACUUUCCACUGUAUCGAGAGAGCGCACCCGUUUCACGAACUCAAAGAAAGUCGCCUCAACGGUAUCGUUCUGCCGCGGUUGCAAGUGACCAAGACUCUCGUCCUUUGUCGCGGAGAAGCUCCCCCGGUCGAUCUCCUGUGGCGUCGCAGCGCCAUUCGCCAGUAAACCAGGCAGCGGAACACAGCAACGGGGUUCAUGCCGCUGAAGCAGCCUCUAUGAUGCCAGACUCACCGCUUCCGCAGUCUACCGUGCCGUCAUUCUCACCUGAGAAACCAUCAUUCGAAGAGAAUUCGAGAAAUACCCGCAAGCGAGAGCGCCGGAAUCGAAGUCUCACCCCGCUGGUGUCAAAGCACGCCCGCCACGACCCAUCGUUGUAUCUUGACUUUUACCUAGACAAUUGGGUUCCGAAAACUGGUGACCGAGUUGGGCGCGGGCCGGGCUGGAAUAGCGGAGAACAAGGAAAGGGCUGUGAUUACGGCGUGGUGGAAGGGUGCACAGAAAACGAACUCAUUGUCCGUUGGGUUCUAAGUGCCGACUCCGCUGCGUCAGGCGACGAGGAUCGGCUGUUUUUGUAUCGGUUCGGCGCACCACAUUACGAAGUCGUCAACUGGGAAACGUAUUUGAGAGUGAAAACGAAAAGCACCUCGCAGGCGGACAUUCGGCUGCUUGAGCUACUGCAAAUCAGCGUUGUUGUGGGAAUCUUGUGCCAGCAAAGUGAUGCAAUUCUGCCAGCCUUGCAAUUCCAGACCAUCGAAUCGACGCUGAAAGUGCUGGACUCCAUCGACGUCAGCGCGAGCAGCGCGGAGAACGAGCAGGCCAAGGAGACUUCCGAGCGCGCUAUUCGUCAAACGCUCGCUGAGCACAACGUAGAUGAGGCGACACUGGAUGAAACAAUGAAAACCCUUGCACAAUGGGAUGUCAACUUGAUGGCAGUCAAGCGGCGCUACCGCAUGGAAAGGGAAAUGCUGGCGCGCAUCGGGUGGGUUCUCAGUGCGAUCCUUUCUCACAAAAAACUGGCCCUCCUGUUUUUAGAUGCAGACGGUGUCAGUCGAAUACUUCAUCUUGUCGACGGCAAACUAGAAGCCUACACUACUUAUGGCUGCGCGAUUGUGUUGUCGCAUUUGGCGAAAACAAUUGUUUUCGAGGAGCUGCUGCGGCGGCAGCGGGAAUACUUUGAGCCCAUCAUGGAGUUUAUCAUUGAACAAUGGAGGCACACCACCAACAGUGACAUUCAGAGCAGCGUGGGCGCUUUUCUCUUUCAUUCGUUAAGCUUUCCCAUUGUGGUGGACUAUUUUGAAGCGCACAACGGCCCGGUCGAGUCCAUUGAAGCCUUGGAAAAGUGCCUGAAGGACUCAGAAGAGCAGUUCGACGUUCUGCACAGUGACCUGCUCCUCGCUUUGCUGCGCUGCAUUAACAUUUACCUAGUGACGCACCUCAUGCUGUCGACUAAGGUCAUCUUCCGCAAGCAUCGUGUCCUCUCCUCCCUAGUAACGCAAGCAUCGCGAACUAUGUCGCUGCCGCGCGACCCGCCUACUGUAGAUGCUAUAUUGGGUUUUCUAGCCGCACCCUCUCCUGGUCUUCCUGGCAUGUCAGCGGAGAAUGUGCAAAGCCUUCUCACGCCGGAGCGUCUGGGUGCGAUCCAGAAGCUCGUUGACAAAGGCAUGCACACACUGCUGCUCCGCUGCGCCAAUUUCUUCUUUGUCCAAAGCCGAUGGGACUUGCUGGUCGCUUCGUUGCAAGCGCUCUGUGCGUUGACGGUGAUUCCGUACGUGCGGCCGCUGAUUGUGGAGGUGCGCUCACACGAAUCAGGGAUCGCACAGCUUUUGGCGAUCGUUAAUGAUCUAGCGGCAGCGUACCACAACCGCAACACGUCUCGCGAAGCACACCUCCUUCCGUGUGUCGUAGCAGUGCUGCAGAUCCUCAUCCAUGUCACCAAUCCACCAGUGGAUAUGGCAGACGAGAGCGCAGUGGCCAACUUCAACAACGCAUGCGGCGCGUUUCGUGCCAGCGAUGGCAUUCGCGCCCUCUUGGAGUUGCUCAAGAUUCGCAAGGACGCUUCAAUGUCCGCCAAACUCAAUUACUUUCCCGUUAUUGCGCGAGCUGUGCAGCUGAUGGUCGUGCUGCGGCGCUACAGCGACACGAGCGCGCUCUUUGAGGCGCUGAACAUACACACUCUGGCACAAGAUCUUCUGGCACAGUAUGGCAAUGCGCAGCGCGAGUUUAUCUCCGUCGUGGGCGCCCGCAAGCUUCCCACCGAUCUCGGGCCUGCAGGUCACUUCAUGGACAACCUGAAGUGCUUCAUGCCGAGCGCGUUUGGUGGUGCAAACCAGGCCGAUGUCGUGAAGGUUCACACCGUUGACCCGCUAGAGAUUGAGCAGCGCCAAGCCAUCAUCGGUCGCGCAGUAGUGGACUACUCGAAGGAGUCGCUUUUGGAGCUCAUUGCGGACCACCUGGACAGUGAGGGUCUCAUCUCGGCCGCGACUGCGCUCCGGCAGGAGGGAAACAUCAAGCCACCCGCCGUGAUUGGGACUGCCAGCGUAGACGGGGCAGCCACAUCCAUGUCUAUCAGUGACGCGACCGUCAAAGGGCCUAGCCCUUCACUUGACGGCGUCAUCCGGUCCUACUUGCGUCAGCAGCAGGAGCGCUGCCCGAAUCCCAUCGAAACGCUUCCUCAGUUUGACCUCACAAAGAAACACGUGUACCUACCGCCCCCGACCCCGCUCGAUGACACGCGAAACGAAUUCAAUCGUUGCCUGCAGCACCGCUCGGGUGGCAAGAUCACCUUGCGCACGCAAACCAACGCCAACUGGCUCACGUACCGCUACCCGGCGUUCAUGUUCGACAUCACCGGCAGCGGCGACGAGCUGCAGGGAGAGAGCGUCGGCUUCUGCGACAACGGCGACGCCAUCGUCAUUGGCACCUCCGAAGGCGCAGUGGCGCUCUUUGACACGUUCCCCGAGGAGUCCACGGAUGAGAAGCUUCUCGAGCAACACCUCGUGUUUGAGAACGAAGCCGUCGCCUCGCUUGUCGUGUCGGACGACGGGAGCCUGAUUGCGGCAGUGAACGAUACGCAUAAAGUCCACGUGAUGCGCCGUUCUCUUUUGCCUGUGCCCCAGCAGGAGCUCACGGCGUGCCGCACACUGCGCUUCUCGCACAACAAUCAACUAGCUGUGAUCACAUGUGAGCAAGAGCACACCUGUCGCGUCCACGAUCUCGUGGCGGGAGUGGAGCUGCGCACCUUUUCCGACCACAUGUACACGGGUGAGAACCUCACAAACGUGGCACUCUUCGACAGUACCUCGCAGCUUGUCCUGAAUGACGCGAUUCUAUGGGACCUGCGGGCACCGGAGAAGCCAGUCUUCCGUUUUGAUCGCAUUACGGAGUCGUUUGCCAGUAUUUUCCACCCAAGUCAGCCGAUGGUUGUCAUCGACGAGCGAGUGUGGGAUAUGCGCACGUGGCGCAUGAUGCAAACGGUGCCGACAUUUCAAAAAACAACCAGCUUUCACUGCACCAAGGCGGGUCGUGUGUUGUACAGCUUCCGCGAAGCGUCGCGCUCCAAUGGGACGCUGCUCCCCAUUGUCUCCGCCGUCGACAGCUACACCUUGGAUAGCAUCUUUUCCGAAGAGGUGCGGCCAGCCUUCAAGGCGUUUGCGGUUGAUCCGUCCGAUCGAUACUGUGCCGCCAUCCUUGACCAGGACAUCGAGUCCGUGAUCCGUCUCUUUAGCCUGUCCGCUGGGCCGUAUCCCGACCACGGCGCCUUUGCCUCUCCGGCGGUGCAGGAGGAACACGAAAGCUCGCUCGCCGACGACGAAGAGGAGGAGAUGGGGCAGUGGUCAAUGGACGACGACGACUACGACAUUGGCAGCUCCUCGGACACCAACGACACAUCGGAGGAAGACGAGGACGAGGACGACACUUCCGCAUCGGAGGAGACAGAGGAAGAGGAAGGCGAUGACGACGAUGAUAAUGGGAGCUCCCAGGAGGAGGAGGAGGAAGAAGAAGAGGACGAGGACGAGGAGGAAGAGGAGGAAGACGACGAAGACUUUGCAACCCCGUCGGAUUCGACAGCGCAAGAUGAAGGUGCGCAGGGUGGAUCUUCCGCGCCCCCGGAACAGGACGGGUCGCCUUCUGGCGUGACAUAA